AUGAGUCUAACGACAUUACCGAUCCAAACCUUUGACGAGUACGAUCCCGCGGUUCCAGUUGUUCUUCCCCAUGAAAAAGUUUACUCGAUUCAGGUGGGGUACAAGUUGUUCCGGUUGAGCGGGCUUUCCUUGUCCUCGGACUCGCCGUCCUACUUCACCAAGUUCUUUAGCCAUCCCGAGAACAAAGAGAAAGUGUUGUUUUUCGACCGCAGUCCGCAGGUGUUUGAAAAGAUAUAUAACCACCUACAGGGGUACUCGAUAAACAUCACCAACGACUACGAGUUUAUGCAUCUUUGGAGCGAUGCGUUCUACUUUGGAUUGAGCGGGCUCCGCAAAGUGCUCACGGAACAAGACUACUUUGCCAGCAUUGGCAGCGAGAGCUUCAAGAUCCCGCGGGCGCUAUUGCAAAGCAAGGGCAACUCGCCCAACUACUUCACCAUCAAUGCCGAGCGGUUGCUAUCGGACAAUUUGCAAGUGAUUGAGCGCAAGAACAUGAUGCGGCCGCCGCCCCAGCGGCCGGCCGUCGUGACGGGCCGCUCUUCGGACUUGUUUAGGGACUUGCUCGAGGUGUUGAAGGGCAACCCCUCCGUGAUCAAAAGUGAGGAGCACCGACUUUUGCUCAUGAAGGAAGCGAGGUACUACCGGUUCCUAGAGUUGGAGCAGCGAAUGGUGCUGCACAAGGUUUGCAAGGGGUGCAUUGUGUUGAACUUGAACCACUUGGCGCGCAGGGGCUUGCUGAAUCCGUCGCCAAGCGACAAGAGCAUCGAGCGGCCCAUGCAGUACUCGCGGCCGUAUAUAGAGGAGCCGGUGCGCGACUUGAUAUUCCAAGUUGAUUCAGAGGAGGACCCGGGGACAGCGGUGUUGUUUUUGAACAAACGCACCAGUUUGGCCACGGUUGUUUUCCGGGACAAGGUGUUUGCCAAGUUGGUGCAGGUUUUCAAGGGUCUUAUCCUGGGCACGAUUGUGGAUGAGACCUCGAUGACUUUUUUUGCCGGGUUCGGCAGGCUGCAUACGUUGAUCAAUGGGCGCGAGAUGAAGUCGAGCUGGGUCACCGAUCUCAUUGGCGAGAAUCCCGCUUUUCCAUCUGAAGAAGAGAGGGACGAGAAACGAGCAUCAAAGAAGAGGAAAAUGUCGGACAAGGUCGAAGGCGAUGUGAUUGAGAUUUUCUUGAAGAGGUCCAUGUGGAAGUUGCUAAUGAGGGGCAAUCUCGGCCGACUCGAGGCAGUGUCCAUUGACGGUCUCACUGGUCUAGGCCAGGAACGAAUAGACUUUUUGUAG